AUGAAGAACCCAUCCAUAGUCCUCUACGGCGCCAAAAACGCCAGACUCGAAGAGAAAGCCAUCCCAGAGCUGACCGAUCCCCACCAUGUCCUCAUCCGCAUAGCAUACAUCGGCGUCUGCGGCAGCGACGUCCACUUCUGGCACCACGGCGGCAUCGGUAAGCACGUCGACCCCAGCACAGGCAUAGUGAUGGGCCACGAGGCCUCGGGCACAAUCCACUGCAUUGGCUCGUCCGUCACCCGCGUCGCGGUCGGUGAUCGCGUGGCCAUCGAGCCCGGCACCCCGUGUCGCUUCUGCAGCGCGUGCAAGAGCGGCACGUACCAUUUGUGUCGGCAGAUGCGAUUUGCUGCUGCCCCCGGGCCGCCGGACACGCAGGGCGCGCUGUGCAAGUUUUUCCGGAGCAGUGAGGAUUUUGUGUAUAAGCUGGACGACGGGGUUGGGCUGCAGGAAGCGGUGCUGGUUGAGCCUGCGAGUGUGGCUGUGCAUGCGGUCAAGUUGGCGGAUGUGAGGCCGAGCGAGACGGUGGUUGUCAUGGGCAGUGGCACGAUCGGCCUGCUUGUUGCGGCUGUUGCGCGGCAGUUCGGAGCGCACCGCAUCAUUCUGGUUGAUGUCUUGGAGAAGAAGCUGCAGUUCGCCAGAACCUAUUUAGGAGUCGAAACAUUCUGCGCAGAUAUCGAGAGUACCCCUGAAGACGAUGCCGCAAAGCUGCUAAAGGAAUUUGGACUAGAAGAGUUCGGCAUCGACACAACGGGUGGCAAGGUCGACACAGUAAUCGAGGCCUCGGGCGCGGCGUCAAGCAUCAACAUGGGGGUUCACUUGCUCAGAUCUGGAGGAAAAUAUGUGCAGACAGGCGUCGGGAAGGCGAAGAUCGAGUUUCCGAUUGUGGCAGUGAGCAACAAGGAAUUGAUGUUCCGAGGCUGCUUCAGAUACGGGGCAGGUGACUAUGAGUUGGCAGUCAAGUUGAUCACGAAGGGCCUUGUGCACGUGAAGCCGUUGCUGAGUUCAGUGACACCGUUCGGGGAUGCCACGAAGGCUUGGGACAAGACGGCGCGUGGUGAAGGUAUCAAGAAUUUGAUUGAAGGGCCGAAAGAUUAG